CGAUUUUCCUUCUCAGAAUAUAUUCUACGCAUAAAAAUAUACAAAUUUACAAAAUUACAAGAAAAUCGAAGAGGGGAGGGGGCAUUAUACUGCAUAUUUACCAAAUUUUCCUCGGAGAGGAAAUUGAUUGGAAUGUAACCCUGGCAUAUCAAAGAUGAUAUACCAGCGGUGCAUUAAGGUGACUAGAUAAUUUACCACUUUCUCGACUGGCGCUAGUGCAUGAAAAUAUCAAAUGAUAACAAGAAAACGGCCGGCGUGGCCGCUCUCAGCCAGCGCUCCUCGCGGCACGUAAGGACCCCGAUUGUCUCGCGGGUCAUUGAUCACCGUCUCCGUAUCAAUGGCAGUUCCGAAUGAUGACGCGAUGGUGAAUAACAGUGUACGCGCGGAGAGGCUCGUGGGCGACGAGUGUCGCAUUUGCCUCAAAUCCUGCACGGAGGCGUGCCAGCUCUUCCGCGACGGCGGCGGAAUACCGGAGAAGCUAAUGGCUGUCGCUGCUGUGCAGAUAGAAGAAGGAGACGGCCUGCCAACUUCCAUUUGUUUAUCUUGCAACCAUCUGCUCGAUGUGUCUUAUGAUUUUAAAUGUCAGAUUCAGAAUUCUGAUUUGAGGUUACGUCAAAUCUUGAAGUUGCAGAUUCAAUCUACACUAGAUGACAAAUCUGCAAAAGACACCAUGAUGAUCAAAGAUAUUGUAGAUGUUGUAUCUAAUGUAACAUUGGGUAAAAAAGAUCAUGUUAUCGAGCAUGAUAUUUAUUCGUCUCAUGAUAUGGUUAUGUUUGAGAAUACUGUAGUUCAGUCUGAUGUGGUAAUUAAUGAUGAAUCUCACAUAAGUCACAAGUUUAUGCAAAAGACAGAAAUUAUAGAAUCAAAUGAAAAAGAUGUGCAGUACAAUACACUUAAGGAGAAUGUACAUAAUGCUGAAAUAAUGGAAGCGGCCUUGUGUCACGAAUCACAUAUGGUCAAUGCAAUUGACCAUUCUGAUCGAUUGUCUAAUUCAACAACAGAAGAUAGAUUUAUCAAGCAAAAGCAGCGAAUAUUAGCUGAAAAUAAUGAAACAUUGAGAGGCUUGAUAGAUGAGAAUAGGGAAGAUAUUUUAAAAACCGAAAUUAAGAAUGACAUAUUAUUGAAUAAUUUUGACGAUAAUGUUUCAAAAGAGACCGCGGUAUUAGGAAUAGGCAGUCAGAAUACAAAAAGUAUCAUGAACUGCAGCGAUGACGAGGAAAAACCACUCAUAAGUAGGACAAUCAGACAGAAGUGCUUGCAUUGCAUCAAAUCAUUUGCAACGAAGAUGGCAUUGCAACGACAUAUGAAUGUGCACAAGCACAAGACAAAGUUACGUUACGUGUGUGUUGUAUGCAACAAGCACUUCUCUAAUAUCAGCAAAUUGAAAAGCCACAUGUCCACAUGUCAUGAGACUCAGAUAACGGACAGUAAAGUGCCACAGGAGGAUAAAAAAGCGAAUAAAGUAUCGGCGAAAAUUACUAGAAGUAGCAACAUGACAGAUAGUAUGAAGGAGGAAAAGAAGAAUUUUAAAUUCACAUGCAAAGUCUGUUCGAAACAAUUCAUAUAUCAAAAGUCCUUUUUAUCUCAUGCUAAAAAUCAUCCUGAGUACAAUAUAGAUAUAUCAGACGACGUACUCGAUCAAUCUAUGAAUAAGCCAAGUGAACAAAAGGACAGGAUACCAACAUUCAGGGAAAAUGAAUCUGAAGAGGAGGAAGAAGAGGAAGACGACGACGAUAGUGACUUGCCAAUUAAAAGUUUACAAUGUACUCAGUGUGGCAAACUUUUUGCUACGAAAAGGAAUUUGAAAAGACAUAUUUCAACGCAUAGUGGUUUGAAAUUCAAUUGUUCGACAUGCGGUAAAGGAUUUUCAAGAAUCGACAAAUUGAAAGAUCAUGAACAAUCAAAACAUAAGGAAGAAAUAUUUGGCAACACUGACGAUGAUGAUGAUGAUGAGGAAGAUAAUGAAAGCAAAAUUAAUGAAAAUUCCGAGAAUCGAAAAAAGGAUCGACACAAUAGACCACACAAAUGUGCGCUCUGUCCAAAAGCAUUCGCACAGGCUCAAUCUCUAGCAAAUCACGUAGAAAGACAUAAACGAGUAAAAGACACGCAAAAGCGCUUUCUGUGUGAGAAAUGUAGCAAGUGCUUUGCCCAGAGUGGCUCAUUAGUGGCACAUAUGCGCACGCAUACUGGCAUCAAGCCGUACGUGUGCAACGUAUGCAGUCGUGCCUUCACCAAGAGCACAUACCUGCAACUGCACCUGAGAACUCACAGCGGUGAGAAACCGUACAUCUGUCAGUAUUGUAGCAGAGCAUUUGCUCGAGCCAACACUUUGGCGCGGCACAUCACUAUGCAUACCGGUGAAGCUAAGUAUCAUUGCUCCAUCUGUACUAAAUCCUUCCGGCGUUUAACUUCUCUGAACGAGCACAUGUAUACACAUACCGGUCAACGACCAUACGCGUGCAAACUCUGCACUAAAAGGUACAACAAUGCUGGUUCGUUAUACGCCCAUACAAAAAAGUGUAAGGCGCAACAAUUGUCCGGCUCGACAACAACUGCAUUCACAGUAUCUGCGGCAGAUAACGCACAACAGCAGAAUGAUACGUCUAUGCCCCAGCUACUGAUCUAUUCCCAGAGAAAACUGGUAGAAGAAGCAGCAGUUGGUCAAGUUGUAUCCACACCACAAUACAUGGUAGCAAAUGUACACAAUCAAAAAACAGUACCCACUAACGUGAUCCAACCAUUUACCGUAGAAGAUCCGAAUAUGUACAAUUCAAAACAGUUUAAGAAUUCGUAUUAUGCUAUUUAUCCAAACAUGUAAAACAUGCAAUCCAGUCUUUUAGAUUAUUUGUUUUUGCCAAGUUAUCUUAUUUGUUUGAUCCACACAAUUUACAGACAUUUUCCAUUCUUAUUUCAAGACCGUUUUAAGAGACAAAUGGAUUAAUUUUACAAAUAUAAAUCAAUAAUUAUAAUUAAUGCUAAUAAGAACUAGUAUUAAAUGGAUAAUUGAAUAUUUAUUUAGAAAAAGAAAAUGGCAUAAAUAUUUUGACCCUUAUAUUUUGUCCCUUUUCAGUUACAAAUUAAAUUACAUAAAAUAAUAGAAAAAUGGAAUAAUAUAUUAAAAUAUAUUAUUAGCCUGAGAUAUUUUGAGUUGUGAAGAUAGAACUAUAUGAAGUUUGUAUAGAUAAAGGAAUAUCCUUAAAUAUAAAAAAUGUUGAGAUAAUUAAUUAUACUGUUUCAAAAUUCUAUAUAGUAUUGAGAAAAUAUAUUAUGUUUGUAUCACACAUAAAGUUUCAAUAUUAGCAAUGUGUGUUAGAACACAACUUAUAUUAUUUCUGAACAAUUCUGUGAUUGUUUUAUGAAAUCUCUUAAAUUUAGACUUAAGACGGUCUUAACUAUAAGAAUGAACUAUAAAAAUACCAAUCUAAGAAUCAAUUAAACUAAUAUGGAAUAUUACCAAUAUUAUAGGAAAAAGAGGAAACAAGAGAUAUCAGUGGAUCUGGAGAGCUCAAGAAAUUUGUUAAUGUCCAUUAUAUUUAAAAUGUUUAGUAUACAUGGUAUAGAGGAAAUUAUUUGAAUAAUUUAAAAAUUAAGGAUUGAAUAUGCUAACGAUCAAAUCUUUUUUUUUAUAUGGAAGGUUAAAGAAUUUAUUGAUUAAAAUUAUAAUAAUAAAUAUAUUACAUCAUGAGAAAUUUUGCUGAAUGCAUAUUCUUCAACAUCAAAUAAGUAUAAGUAGUAUUUCAUGGAUAACUCAGGUUAUAGCAGUUAGAAGGUCUCGAGAUAAUAAUGUACAAAAUACAAUGAAAAGAAUGACGCUAAAAUUAGAAGAAGAAAUUAGGAAUAUUAAUAGCUAUUUACGUAUGCAAUUUGUAUAAAUGGAUUCAUGGACAUGAAAAGAGAAUGACUAGACCGACUAAAAAAUUAAAAUAUCUUUAAAAAGAAA